GAUGCAUGCGCGCAACGCUCGUGUCCCAGUUUCGCGGACGCCACUUUCACUCUCGCUGCGGCGCGCGCUCUUCCUCGGCGCUUCGCUCCGCUCGACUUUAGCCGCGAUAAUUUGAGCACUAGGUCACUACUACGCUCGCGCGCGUCUAUUUCGCUCGGCGAGUCGACGCGUGUUUGUUUUUUUCUUUCCUCUGCGCUCGGCAUUCGUUCGCGCGCAACGACCGAUUGGCCCGUCGAGUGAGCUGCGACGCGAACGACGACCCAGAGAGGAGAGCGUGUCGAGUGCAACCGGCAAUAAUCGAGCGACUGAUACUUGAUUUUUUUGGAAAGACGCUAUCAAUUGCGGCUUGAUUCAAUUGCGGACGCGCGGCAUCUGCGUAUAUCAAUCAGCGCUCGAGUCAAGAUAAGCACGGCGACGGCGCGAGCGCGAAAAAGUGAGAGCGAUCGACCCGCGAUUCUCCGUCGACUGCUUCGAAAGCGCGAGUUCCAAUUAAUUAUCUCGAACGGGGAAGCGCGUUGUCUAAGCGUCGCUGCGUGGCGCGCGCGUGACGGCAAAAUUGCACUGCGCGCGACCAAUCGACGAGAUGCAAGCCAGUAAGGGAGCGAGAUUUCGCACUCGGGUCGCCUCCUACGAGAGAUGCGCGCGUAACGCAUGGUCGUCGUCGACGCAGAGUUGCGCAACAACCUGUUGCACGGCGCUCUGACACUCUUUGCGAAAAUCAGUCGGGUUCGCGCGCGUAGGCGUGACUCAGGCGUGACUCAGGCGCGACGAGAACUAUGGGAAUGGAAACCAUGUGCUGGCGUCGUCGUCCGGCGCGCACGCGAAUCGCGAAUUGCAACACGUUGACUGGAAUCCGAAAUGGGAGGGAUCGCUACUUGCCAUCCUCGAACGAGAUGCAGCGGAUAGGUGGCGGCGCACGCUAGCGGCGCUCCGUGGUAACUGGACGCAACUGAUUUUCCAUUACCGAGUGAUGAGGACACGGAGAUCCCUGCAUUAUCGAGUGCGAGUAGCUCGCUGUCAGCGAACGACACGCGAAAUAAUUUCUCGCUCGAACGUGCCUACGCGAUAUUUAUAGUAGCGAAUACGAAUGUAAUUCGAACGAAACAAUGCAAUAAUCCGAGGGAAUGCCAAUGACGCUUAUCGCGUGAUCGCAGCAUCCCAGCCUAACCUUAACCGUGAGAUGUCGCCGGUUCUUCCGUGUCUAUCUAUCCAUCUCUGUCAGUCGGAGCGUGCUUAGCACGCAACUUUCUCUCGGUCACUCCACCAAUCGCCAUCGCGGUUGGGCGAGAGUUUCCAUGGAGUUUCCAUGUGGCGUGUGGCCGGCUCAGUCUGCUUCUGCUGCCCAGCUGGUUCACAUCGUCAGUAGCAAGAUUGUCGUCGCUGACACCUCACGCGCGACAUACAACGUCUAAAGUUAGACUCGGUCACUGUUUAAAGCACGCCUGCAAGUGUCAUUCACGUGUGCGUGUCCCUUAACUUACAGUCAAAGCCUCCUUCCUUGUCCUGCAGGGUACGAGCGCUCGCGUUUGUGCUGUGCGCUGUGUGACCUAGCGUAGCCCGGCAUUCGGUUCCAAUAGUAACCUAGCUCGGGGUUGUGCAGCUGCUCCCUGAGUGUGUGUGUGUGUGUGUGUGUGUCUUCUGUCUCUUUCACGCGCGAAGUGUAUGCUGCUUGUGUGUGCGAGAGUCGCGUGUGCGCCGCGCGUUGACGUUGCCGUAGACAAGAAGGUGCUUCGUUUAUUUUGCCUUUUCUCUCGCAAAAAGCUAGCAACAGUCGCAGCGGACUCUUGCGCUCCGCGGCGUUUGCAAUGAGUGACCAUGGCUGCAUACACUUGAAUAAUUUCAAGGCAGCCAAGGGCAUACAGCCCUACAAGGUCAUACAUUCGUUCUUCGUGAGCAGCACGUCGAACGAGGCUCGAAUACGCAAGGCGAUCAGUUGCAUUUGCCACAUGUGCAAGACCUACAAGGACAGGCUACACUCGUGCCUGCAUUGCAUCUUCUUCGGUUGCUACAACAAAGGACACAUCCAGGAACAUGCCAAGACCAAGAAGCACUUUCUCGCGGUGGAUCUGUGCUACGGCAACGUGCUGUGCUUCCAGUGUGGCGACUAUGUGUACGAUCGCGAAUUACUCACCGUAGCCAAGGCCCAGCGCAGUGAGAGUGCCAAGAGCUUGAGCCUCGGCGAGUUUUACAGGGCAUGGGAGCCUUCGGUGCACGAGGUUGAGCUGCUCAGGAAACAUCCCAGGAGACGGAGGGUCGUGGAGAAUUCGACCAUUGGUCUCCGUGGACUGAUAAACUUGGGCAGCACAUGCUUCAUGAAUUGCAUCGUGCAGGCAUUGAUACACACUCCGUUGCUGCGCGAUUACUUCCUGUCCGAUCGUCAUCAGUGCCCGCAGCCGAGUCGCUGCCUCGUGUGCGAAGUGUCGAGCCUGUUCCAAGAGUUUUACUCGGGAAACAAGGCGCCGCUGAUCUUGCACAAGCUGCUGCACCUCAUCUGGACGCACGCGCGACACCUGGCCGGCUACGAGCAGCAGGACGCCCACGAGUUUUUCAUUGCCACACUCGACGUUCUGCACAGGCACUGUGAGCAGUACUCCCAGACGGCGCCGAUAAUCGUCAAGGACAACCCUCAUCACUGCAACUGCAUCAUCGAUCAGAUCUUCACGGGUGGCUUGCAGAGCGACGUGGUGUGCCAGGCUUGCAACGGUGUUUCCACCACGAUCGAUCCGUUCUGGGACAUCUCGCUGGACCUCGGCCCGACUGCCGGAAACGCAGGCAUGGUGACGACGGACGGCUCCGGCGGCGGUGUACCCACGUCGCUGGUCGAUUGCCUGGAACGAUUCACGCGCGCCGAACAUCUGGGCUCCUCGGCCAAAAUCAAGUGCAACAAUUGCCAGACUUACCAGGAGAGCACAAAGCAGCUCACCAUGAAGCAGUUGCCCAUCGUCGCCAGCUUUCAUCUCAAGCGAUUCGAGCACUCGUCCAUCCAGGACAAGAAGAUUUCCACUUUCAUAUCGUUCCCCGAGCAGCUCGACAUGACACCUUUCAUGUCGCACAGGAGGAACGGCAACAACAAUAGUACAGCGCCCGACGGUUUGCACAAAAAUGGCGAGGAUUCUACCUUCAUGGAUAACAGAUAUUCCUUGUUUGCUGUAAUUAAUCAUGAGGGCUCCCUCGAAACUGGACACUACACUGCUUUCGUUCGUCAGCAACGAGACCAAUGGUUCAAGUGCGACGAUCACCUCAUUACCAGGGCUCGAUUGAAAGAUGUUUUGACUAGUGAAGGGUAUUUACUCUUUUACCAUAAGCAAAUCCUAGAGUAUGGCCGAAACACUAAAGCGUGAAAAAGUCUGAUAUGUGAUUAAAACUACUCGACUACGAUGAAAAAAAAAACAAAAAAAAAACAAUUCCGAUUUUUUAUAAAUUUAGCGAUUAAGUUUUGCCGAUAUGUUGUCACCAUAUUAAAUUUUUUCUGUGUAUUUUAGCAGAUGAACUUUAAUAAGAUACACGAGGGAGAGAGAUAAAGAAAAAUGAAAGAACUGCUGAAUAACUAUAGGGAAAAUAAAAUGAAUACGAAACCUGGAGUUAUUUUAUAUAAAUCAUGUUUGACUAUGUGUGCGAAAAAUAGUGAAGGAAAUUAUUUGCUACACAAUUAGAUAAGUUUUUAUAUAGCCUAGGUUACGAAUUUUUCAAGAUAUAUAUGCGAAUUUUUCUAUGAAUUGCCGGUGUGAAUUUGUGAUUUGACAUUUACCUUUUUUUGUGUUUAUGUCAUAUUGUUUUUUUAAUGUAAUAAAACAUUCACAAUUAUACAUAUUUAGUUGAUAGAUUUAGAUAUUUCAAUUAACUAGGGGAAAUUUAUUAUUAGUUAAUGUUCUAUGUGAUUCUUGUUACGUAAGAAUUUCCUGUUUUGCAGGGUGACAUAUUUCAUUUGUCGGAACUGAUUUUAAAUUAACUGGGUAAAGAAUUUGUCAGAAUGCGACGUUUACUAUAGUAAUCAUGAAACUUUCACUAAUGUAAAUUAAUUUUAAAGCGAUAAUUUUUUUUUUGUUUUGACAUACUCAUUCUUGCAAUGCGAGAAGAUAAUAGAAAUCUUACAUAUUAACGCGUGAAUUAUCAAUGUGAAUUUAUUUACGAUAUUCACAAAAGUACGUUAUUGUAAUAUGAACAAAGCCCUUUAAAUGAAUCGAAAAGGAAAAAAUUGAAGACAAAACGGGUUGAAAAAUAUAGCUACUCUUGUAAUAUUUUAUAUAAAGUUGACAAGAGAAUGGAAAAUAAAAAAUAU